GCGCCUCCCUGUCCUUCACAGCGGCCAAGAUGGCGACGGCCACUCGCCUCAUCCAGCGCGUCCGUAAUUUCUUAGCGGGGCGGGACCUCCAGGCCAAGCUGUCGCUGCGCUACACGGAGAUCUCCAAGAGAAGCCAGCCGCCGCCUCGGCUCCCGGUGGGUCCCAGUCACAGGUUCGCCAAUAACUAUUACUGCAGCCGGGACGGGCGCCGAGAGUCUUUCCCGCCUAUCGUGGUCGUGGCAGCGCAGAAAACCCUCGCUGCGGGGGCUCAAGCUGGCAGUUCAGGCUCUGCAGUGACAACAGCUGAGAAAAAGCCAGUGACACCAGGACCAGCGCUUAAGAAGUGGGAAAUUUCAAAAGACCAGCCCUAUUUGUGAGAAAUAAGUAUGACAAGGCUGGAUGUGCAGGUCACAGUGCGUUACAAAGCAGCACUCUAGUGUCUGUGGUGGAUUUUGCUACAGUGAUGCUGUGGGGAACUUGUCCUAGUGCUGCUGAUGCAUGACUAAUAAACGUAUUUAAAGCUCUGA